AUGGCUUCUCAAAUUGAGUCAUUUUUUUCCGAAAUAGAAACAUUAAUUGAAUUUCAAUUAGAUAACGGAAUUCAAACUCAAGAGCAAGAAAUUAAACAAAAAUUUGCUGAAGGAAAAGCUUUAAUUGAUAAAUUAGAAGAGGAAGAUGAAGAACAACAUGGUUCUUAUAAAUAUCGGUAUCAUUCAACCUAUGCAAGUUAUUUAAAAACGAUUAAUAGAGUAAUUGAGGCUGCCAAGCAAGAAAAGUUAUCGGAAAAAUAUAAACGAUAUGGAUCAAAGAGAGUAGAUAUCGAUGAAAAUGAAUUCAUGAUGUUUAUAAAUGAUAAAUCAGAUUGUCAAUCCUCUAAUUCUGGCAAAAAGGACCUAGAAGAAUCAAUAAGAGAAAAACUAAGAGAAGAUAUUUUAGGAGAGAUAGCUAUUGAACCUAUCAGAAUAGCUUUUGAAAAUUUAAACGAAAUACCAAAAACCUUUGAAGAUUAUCAUAAACUCGUCAUUUGUGAGAAUUCUUUGCUCAAUUCAUUAAAUAUUUUAAUUAAUGAAGCAUUAAUUAUUCUGGAUCAACUUAAUGAGAGUGAUGGUAAAUCAAAUCAGUCAGAGAUUGAACAAAUAAUGAUGAACGUAAGUGAUCGUUUAGCAGCUUUAAAAGAUUUAAAAGAAUUUGCAAUUCAGUUCACUAGUCAAACAGUUUAUCCGAGAAGGUUGGAUUUUAUAUACAAUACUUUAAAUUCACCUAAUAAGAAAGCUAUUUUAUUCAGCAACAUCUUAUUUACAAAAGAUGGAGUCAAUAAACGUUUUAAAAAACUUGCUUCGUGUUUUCAUCCCGAUAGUUCCAAUAUUUCAAAAAGGCUUCACAAAGACGACCAAUAUCUUAGUACAGAGCUCUUUAAAAUUAUUCUAGAAAUUAAAGAAAAUUUAUUGGAUAACUUGGAAAAAACUUCAAGAGCCAAAGGCGAACUUGAUUUUCACGAAAAAAGCGCAAAUAAGCAUUGUAAUAUUGCGAAUGAUUAUCGUAGUGCCUAUAAUAAUAAUUGGAAUAAACUAAAAAUAUUAAAUAAAGAUGACGUUAAAGAGAUUCCCCGUGGAGAACUAAAACGUUUAAGCAUAUUUUAUGGAAAAUUAGCUCACGAAGACUAUCGUGCUGCUUGUAAAAUUGCAGAUAUAACUGGAGAAUUAAAAAAACAAAUAAAACUACGAGAAUACAUGGCAAUAUGUUCAUACAUCUCCGACCGCUUCUUGGAAGCUCAAUUAUACGCUUUAUCAGCAAUUCGAUUAAUUUACCAGCAUUCUAAUGAUAUCUCUAAGGAAGAACUGAUCGAAGCGAAAAAAAUAUUUGAUAAAAUUAAAGGCGAAAAGUCUCAAUUAAAUACAGAUAUUAAACUGAAAACUGAAUUAG